GCAAAAAAGAUGGCAAAAUCAGAUACACAUUUACCGAGAAAUUAACAUAAAAUGACGGUUCUCGCGGCCGGUUCUCACUUGACAGAGGAUUCAGCGUCGGCACCGAUUUGAGCUCCACCGGACAACGAGAAAGGUUGAUGUCAUCAUUUGUAACACUGGACAGCUCCUGUUGGAAGAGGAGAGGCUGUUAGCAUCCCUGAGAGUGUCUGAGCUCGGUUGUAUCAUGAGCAUUGUGUCCGCUGUCUCCAGUUGAAGCAGAUCACCAACACCGAGGCACAAUAUCGGGGGGAAGAAGUCACAACGACAAAACCUGCAAGGAUAUUGGAUAGUUGGGGUUGUGCGUCAGUUUGGUGUUAGCUCUUAUCUUGUAUUUAGUGAGAGAUGUACGGUAGUGCCCGCUCUGUUGGCAGAGGGGAUGCCAACCAUAGUGGAGGAAGAGAUGGAGGUGGUGCGAGUAAUCAGGGAUCUGGCCGUUCCCCUCGCCUUCCCCGUUCCCCUCGGAUGGGACACCGUCGUACCAACAGCACCGGAGGCAGCGGAGGCGGUCCUGGAGGAGCAGGAGGCAAGACGCUCUCCAUGGAGAACAUCCAGUCUCUCAAUGCAGCAUAUGCCACCUCGGGACCAAUGUACCUGAGUGACAAUGAGGUCGCCAUGGCGGGGGACCACCUUCCCAAAAGUGGCGGGACAGUGACGACCAUGGGGAGACAGAGGGUGACAUAUGGGUCAAGAGGUAGCAACAGUGGAGUUGUAGCCGCCAGCACUCCCAAUAUCUCCACCUCAGUGCCUGCCAACGCUGUGCUGCCAGCAGGCAUGAUGGCAGGUGAUGCUCUAGCUUUUGGGGACCACCACAUGGCCUCCACGGUGCCCCACUCUCUAAGGCAGGCCAGAGACAACACCAUACUUGACCUGCAGGCUCAGCUUAAAGAGGUUCUGCGUGAGAACGAGAUCUUGCGGCGAGAAGUGGAAGUUAAGGAGAGCAAACUCAGCUCCUCCAUGAAUUCUAUCAAGACAUUCUGGAGCCCAGAAUUAAAAAAGGAGCGAGCUCUGAGGAAAGAUGAGGUUUCUAAGAUAACCGUCUGGAAGGAACAAUACCGUGUUAUUCAAGAUGAAGCACAGCAUCUCCAGAUGACCGUUCAGGCUCUCCAGGAUGAACUGAGGAUCCAGAGGGACCUGAACCAGCUGCUCCAGCAAGAUCCUGCCAACCAAGGAAGGGACCUGGCCCUGACAUCUGAACCUACAGAGGAGAACUACCGGCGGUUACAGGGCGAACAUGAGAGGCAGGCCAAAGAGCUCUUCCUUCUUAGGAAGACCCUGGAGGAGAUGGAGCUGAGGAUUGACACACAGAAGCAAACCCUGGGAGCCCGAGACGAGUCCAUCAAGAAACUUCUGGAGAUGCUGCAGAGUAAAGGACCAUCUGCAAAGGCAUCAGAGGAGGACCAGGAAAGGACCAGGAGACUGGCUGAUGCAGAGAUGCACAGGCAUCACCUUGAGAGUUUACUGGACCAGAGAGACAGAGAGAUUACCGCACUAAGAGAGCAGGAACUCCAUCGUCGCUACGAAGGAACCCCCGAGUCCACCAAAACCAAGGCUUUACAAACUGUCAUCGACAUGAAGGAUGCAAAAAUCAACUCAAUGGAACGGAGCCUCAGGGACAUGGAGGAGGAGCUUCUAAUGCUGAAAUCCAAUGGACUCCUGAGCUGCGAGGAGCGUCAGGAGGAGAUGAAGCAGAUGGAGGUGUACCGCAGUCACACCAAGUUUAUGAAGAACAAGAUGGAGCAGGUGAAGCAGGACCUCUCCAGGAAGGACACCGAGAUGCUUGGUUUGCAGACUAAACUGGAAACACUAACCAACCAGUUCUCAGAUAGCAAGCAACACAUUGAAGUCCUCAAGGAAUCCCUCACUGCCAAGGAGCAGCGCGCUGCCAUCUUACAGACAGAGGUGGAUGCCUUGCGUCUGCGCUUGGAAGAGAAGGAAGCCACUCUGAAUAAGAAGAGCAAGCAGAUACAAGAAAUGUCCGAGGAGAAGGGAACCCUUAAUGGGGAAAUCCACGACCUCAAGGACAUGCUGGAGGUUAAGGAGCGCAAAGUUAAUGUACUGCAGAAGAAGAUUGAGAACCUGCAGGAGCAGCUGAGGGACAAGGAGAAGCAGAUGAGCAGUCUGAAGGAGAGAGUGAAGUCCUUGCAGGCAGACACCUCCAAUACUGACACCGCUCUCACAACGCUGGAGGAGUCUCUUGCAGAAAAGGAGCGCAUCAUUGAGCGUCUAAAGGAGCAGCGAGAUAGAGAUGACCGGGAGAAGACCGAGGAGCUUGACUCCAACAAGAAGGAACUGAAAGAGUUGAAGGAGAGAUUGAGCUUACUGCAGGGAGACCUGUCAGACAGAGAGACCUCUUUGUUGGACCUGAAGGAGCAUGCAUCAUCCCUGGCGUCCUCGGGGCUGAAGAAAGACUCCAAACUCAAGAGCAUGGAGAUUACCUUGGAGCAGAAAAAGGAGGAGUGCCUCAAACUGGAGAACCACCUUAAGAGAGCACAAAAUGCAGCACUGGAAGCUCAAGCCAAUACUGAGCUAGCUGAACGAAUUAAGAACCUUGAGCAGGAAGUGGCCCGCCACAGAGAGGAUUCUGGGAAGGCGCAGGCUGAGGUGGACCGCCUCCUUGAGAUACUUCGGGAAAUGGAGAAUGAGAAGAAUGACAAGGACAAAAAGAUCAGUGAGCUGGAGAGGCAAAUGAAGGACCAGACGAAAAAAGUGGCAUCAUUGAAGCACAAGGAGCAAGUGGAGAAGAGCAGGAAUGCUCGACUCAUGGAGGAGGCCCGGAAGAGGGAGGACAACAUGUCUGAGAGCUCUCAGCAGGUGAAGGACACUCUGCGUCAGAAGAGCGAGCGCAUAGAGGAGCUGGAGGAGGCCCUGAGAGAGAGCGUUCAAAUCACCGCUGAGCGAGAGAUGGUGCUCGCACAGGAGGAGGCUGCCAGGUCACUCCAGGAGAAACAGAUGGAGGAGCUGCUGGGUGCCAUGGAGAAGGUGAAGCAGGAGCUGGAGUCCAUGAGGGCCAAGCUGGCCUCCACCCAGCAGUCUCUGUGUGAGAAAGAAGCGCACCUCACAACCCUGCGAGCUGAGCGCAGGAAACACCUGGAGGAGGUGCUGGAGAUGAAGCAGGAGGCGCUGUUGGCUGCUAUCAGUGAGAAGGACGCUAACAUCGCACUACUGGAGUUGUCCUCCUCUAAGAAGAAGAAAACCCAGGAUGAGGUGGCUCUGCUGAAGCGGGAGAAGGACAGACUGGUGCAACAGCUCAAGCAGCAGACUCAGAACAGGAUGAAGCUGAUGGCAGACAACUACGAGGACGACCAUCUGAAGACUGCACCUGAUCACACAAAUCACAAACCCUCUCCAGAUCAGAUGAUACCCCCUCUUCUAGCCUUGUCCCAGAACCGCAGUAAGCUCAAACUCUACAUCGCCCACCUGACAGACCUCUGCCACGACCGGGACCCCAGCAUCCUCAGCCAGCUCACACCACCCUCUCACUACCACCACAGCGACCCCGAAGACUGGGAGGAGGAGCUCCAGAAAAUGAGCGUGGAACAGUUGGAGCGGGAGCUGGAGGUGUGUGAGAAGGAGAGCGGAGAGCUGCAGGAAUACGCCAACUCUGUUCUCCAGCAGAUUGCAGACUACUGCCCCGAUAUCCUGGAGCAGGUUGUCAAUGCCCUGGAGGAGUCAUGCUGACAACUCUGACCUCAGACAUAAACCCGGCCGAGCCCAGGUGCCCCCUACCUCCACCCAGUAAAGGCUCCUGGAAGGAAGAGAGAAAGCUGGGGGCAUUAUCUCACCCCGCUGGGCUCUUCUUCUUUGUCCCCCUCGUUUACCCUGCAACAAACUCACAGGACUCUUGAGUGCUUUCCUGUCUCAUAUGCUGCUCUAAUGUCAGGCUGGCAACAAAAAAAAAAAAAAAAAUCUAAUUAGGGAUGUUCACAGAGGCUGCACUGCAAACCAUCGUCUGCUCAUUUAUUGACAGCCACGGCAGAUGGCGAAGUUACAGUAGAAAGAGAAGAAGUCAAGUACAAACCUCACGACAUGGUUGGCAUUCAUCAUAGCACACAGGUGCGCUGGGAGAGAAAGGCGAUCAGAUUAAAUGAGCAAACUUCCGCACAAAGUCUUGGAGUGUACUGCCAACCUUCCUCUCCCUAGACUGCUUCAUUCAGAGCAGGAAUUGCCAGAUGAGGCACAGUUACCUCAACCCACUUUCAUCUUUUACUCCUACUCAUAAAUCUCUCAAGUUUAAAGGGGUACAUUUAUUCCCUACAUGGGACAGGAAAGCACUUUUUUGUCUUGGUGAAUUAGGGAGCUGCUACAUCUAGAGGGGGGCCGAGAGGAGCCGAGUUCAGCGGUUGCGUCACGGAGCCAUGCAGAUGCUUCUUUUUGUAUCUUAGUCAGUGUCGCUACCCAAGUAGUAACACCUAUGAAAUGCCACUUUUAACCAGCAUGUUCUCUGAGCUGUGGAUUUGUCCGUGUAGCUAGGAUUAGGUUGUAGGUACGUUACUGCGUCGUCUGUGGCUGGGUCAUCGGCAUUAGAGGGGGAUCAAGUCUCGACCUUUGGCGCGGAUCAAAGAUCAGAUUUUUAGUAACACAAUAUGUUCUCAAUGGAUGAGAGAGAGGAUCUUAAAAAACAAAACAAAAAAGAAAAAAGCUUUUAUUAAUGGUGACGUAUUAAUUUUUAGAUGGUUUUGCACACAACGUCCACUUGUUUGAGGUAUGCAAUGUUUCUUUUGAGAACGUUCUAGUGGCCUUGGAGCAUGCACAGAGAUCAGUACUGGACCUAACGCAGGGAUAUUUAUUCCUCUGUAAAAUUGGUGCUAAGGCAUGAUGUAAGAAUUUUUGAUCUGAUCAUCCAGUCUCAUCCAAAGUUUCUAUAGACGUUACUUAAAGCCCACCUGAUCUUUAGUUCGUCAACUGAAUCACUGAAGAAUACAAGCGAUAAACUCCUUUUUUUUUUUUUCUUGUAUUUUUCAGAUCACAUAGAAAAGAAAAAAAAAUACAAGCGAUGCCUCCGUUGUUGUAUUUUUUGAAAUCUUCAGGGCUGAGGUUUUUAAUUACUAAGUGCAUCUACAUUUACAGGAAACGAAAGUCACUUUUCAGCAGAUUUUGACUUUUUAGAUCAGUUUGUAAAUAACGUGACAUUUAACACGUACAGUGACUGAAUAAAGGUAAUUAAGUGGAAGGUGUUGUGCAUUCUUUAAAAAAAAAAAAAUCUGAAAAGUUAAAAGCAGUGCAGUUGUCUUUUGUGUCUAAUUUUGUCCUCAGGACAAAAUGUGUGUGUGUGACAGUACUGCCAUAACUUGCGGAAAGUCAUGUUCUAUAGAGAUAUAUAUAUAAAUAUAAUACAUAUAUAUAUAUAAAAUGUUUACUGUAUCGAUAUGCAUUGAAUGUUUGCACAGAAUCUUGAAGAGCAAACUGCUCUGAACAAAAUGACCGUGGAGUUAGUGUCCUCAGCAGAAACUGAGGAAAGAAGUGUCAAAAAAAAACCUUGUGUCAAAAUAAUGUGUGAACUGCAAAUGUUUUCAAACCGUGACUGUGUGAUGGGAGAGUACUUUUCUUGCAUUUAUUUCUAAUUGUCAUUUUUUUAUAUCCUUUCACCAGACGGUGAUGUAAAUGUAUUAUGCUGAGAUUCCAGUGUUGUCGUAUUUUCGUUUAUGUCGAUGAUUUUCUGUUGGUUGAUGUCAAAGGCAGACUGAUGGAUAAAAAUAAGUCUCCAACCAUCCUGGACCUCCCGCUGGUAUAAGAGGAACACAAUGUUACACAACAGUAGAACUGCGUCAGUAUACAACUAAAAAUAGAUGUUUUCUAGCAAACUUCCUAUGUGUCGUAGAUUUACAGAUCAGUUUGGGAGGGAACCUCAGAGGAUGCUGGCGAGGUGCUUGUUUUUUUACUUCUCGUCUGUCAAACCUCUCAGUGGAGAUUCUUUUUCUUUCCGUUCCUUGUAACCCGUCACCGCUGGGUUGAGAGGAAAGCAUUUUUUCAAAGUGUUUUCUUUCCCUUACUUUGGCCUGUGUGUCCCCGCCCUUGCCUUAAUGUCUGGUCAUCUCUUUUUCUUGACUCCUUAUUGCGGAACACAGAGCUGAUUAAGGGGCUUCUGUCGAGUUCAUGGUAUUUGUUUAUUUUUUGUUUGUUUGUUUUUUGGCAUUUGUAUAAGAAAUGUACUGCCUUCUGUCUGUUCGUGUUAAGAAUCAAACUGUGUAAAAAGAAAGCAAAACAGACAUGUUUGUGAGUUAUUUGGAUUUUGUAUGUAUGUAAAUAAAUAAAUUAUAAGCCUUG